AGGGGAGAGGAGGGAGAGGAGGGAGAGGAGGAUGCUGUGGAGGAGGAGGGACAGCUCGCAGCCGGCUACAUGUGGAGCUGCCGGGGCUGAGAGAGCUGCGAGGAAGCCUCGGGAGUGAAGAGGUGGUGGAGAAGAAGAGGGCAGGCUGGCACCAGGUGCCCCCCAGCACGGAUCUACCAUGGGUAAGGGGGGACAGAAUGAAGACAGCUGCAGUUCUGGAUGUGUCAAGUCGGAGCCCCGGUACACCUGGGAGGAGGUGCAGAAACACAACACCAAGAGCGACAAGUGGAUGGUGAUAGAGCGCAAGGUGUACAACAUCAGUGACUGGGUGAGGAGGCACCCGGGGGGCAAUCGGGUCAUCAGCCACUAUGCUGGAGAGGACGCCUCGGAAGCUUUUUUGGCUUUUCAUCCGGAUCUUACAUUUGUGCGAAAAUUUCUGAAACCGCUCUAUGUUGGUGAAUUGGCAGAGAAUGAGCCUAGCCAGGACCGAGGGAAAAAUGCUCAGCAGGUGGAAGACUUUGAAACUCUACGUAAAACAGCAGAAGAAAUGAACCUGUUUAACUCCAGUCGGGUAUUUUUCGGCCUUUACCUAGCACACAUCCUGGUCUUGGAGUUUCUUGCCUGGGCUACCCUCUACUACCUUGGUACAGGAUGGAUAACAACCAUAAUCACCAUUCUACUGCUGACAGUUUCUCAGGCCCAGGCUGGAUGGCUACAGCAUGAUUUUGGACACCUAUCUAUCUUCAAGAAGUCAAAGUGGAACCAUAUUGGCCACAAGUUUGUCAUUGGCCAUUUGAAGGGAGCAUCAGCCAACUGGUGGAACCAUCGCCAUUUUCAACAUCAUGCCAAACCUAACAUCUUCAGCAAGGAUCCAGAUGUCAACAUGGUCCACAUUUUCGUACUUGGUGACACUCAGCCAGUGGAGUAUGGCAAGAAGAAGCUAAAGUAUCUGCCUUAUAAUCACCAACAUCAGUACUUCUUCCUGAUCGGGCCUCCACUUUUGAUACCAUUGUAUUUCACGGUCCAGAUUAUGAAGACAAUGAUAACUCGCAAGGACUGGGUGGAUUUGGCUUGGUCACUUUCUUAUUACGCUCGUUUUUUCAUGACAUUUGUUCCUUUCUUUGGAUUUUUUGGAUCCAUUGCUGUGCUCAAUGCCGUCAGGUUUUUUGAAUCCCAUUGGUUUGUCUGGGUCACACAAAUGAAUCACAUUCCCAUGGAGAUUGACCAUGAAAAAUACAGAGAUUGGCUGGGGAGUCAGCUGGCAGCGACAUGCAACAUUGAGCAAUCCUUCUUCAAUGACUGGUUCAGUGGACACCUCAACUUUCAGAUUGAACAUCAUCUGUUCCCCACCAUGCCUCGCCACAACUAUCACAAGAUUGCUCCACUUGUGCGUUCUCUGUGCAAGAAAUACAACGUCAACUACGAGGAGAAGUCUCUGUACAACGCAAUGCGUGAUAUUGUUCAAUCUCUGAGAAAGUCAGGCGAGCUGUGGUUAGAUGCCUACCUCCACAAGUGACUGGAUUCUUCUGGUCCAGCAGGAUCAUACAAUAACACAAUUCACACCUAUAUUUGUUAUAUUUAGGGUUGUAAUAAACUGCCUCAAAUUUAAGGUGAGGGAGCUUUUCUGUGUGUUUUUACCGUCUUCACUGCCAGGAUGACGUAGUCCGUUGCAGUGCGGUGCUUUACAGAUCUCCCUGGCACUGAUGAGGUUAACGGUUGACGUUGUCUACAUUUCAGCCUUAACUUUAAAGGACUCUUUCAUAAUACGAUAAAAUUUACAAAAAAUAAAUAAAAAUGACCGAAGGGCAAUAUGGCACCUUUACCCAUAUCUUUUUGUUCCAACGUGUUGAUACAUUUGUAAAUAAUUGACUAUUAUUGAACCCUGUUGAUCUUCUUCAAUCCAAACCUGUAGCACACAGAGGGGCUUGAUGUUUUUUUUUUUCAUAUUAAAUCUCCAUAAAGAAACAAAAAAAGACGGAAAUCAAAGAGAGGCUUUUUGAGAGGGAAUUGUGAUGGGGGAAGAGACCAAGUGACGAAGAUAUUGUGAAUGUCGCUAAAGGAGUGUGACAGCAAGUAGAUAUUAAGAAUUAUGAGAUGUAGCAUGUGGCUUUCAAGAAGACUGUGUGACCAUAGGUGGUUGUCAAGAAAGACGUAGACAAUGGAUGAUGUCAAGAAAGAUAAAAGACAACGUAUGAAUGUCAAGCACGUUGAGUGACAGCUAGAGAGAGAUGGCUUUGGAGGCAAAUCGGGAGUCAACCCGUGUGCAUAAUAUACAGGUUUAUUUCAAGAAAUCUUUUUAAAAGAAUCACCUUGUAUGCUUUAAUUCUAGAUUUCCUGGCUUAAUCUUACUUUUACGUUUCAUAUUACCUGUAGUCAUCAAGGUCUAUUGUGUCACUGACAAUGGUGUCGUAGGAAGGACUGGUUUCCUUUUACUAUUCAGACCUUGCCGAGUGGGUAGUGUCUAUUACAUAGAAACAUAGCUAGAUGGACAAACCGUCACCCGAUUGUCUAACCUUCUGUGCCUCUUGACCGAGAAAUUAGGUCAAGUCUUAAUAUUAGGUCAGUAUACAUGGCUUAUCUAGGCCUUUCAUACAGUAGAAUGAAAACUAACACACCCUUUUAUAAAGUCUAUAGCUAGAAUUGUGCUCCGAAAUGGUUUUUAAUUAACACAAGAGAUUGUGACAUAUUUUAUGAUUGUGGUAAAUUAAAAAAAAUGUUCAAUCCUU